AUGUUCGCCCCCAAGCCCUCCACUCCCUCCGCGGGUGGAUUGAAUCUUAAUACCAAUUCUGCAAGCUCUCUUUUCGGUACCAAUCCACAAACCACCUCAACAUCCACUCCAGCAGCGGGCACGUCAGGAAGUCUAUUCGGCAACGCCAAUUCAGCCGCUCAGCCAAAGCCCGCUGGGGGGCUAUUCGGAAACACACAGUCCACCCAACCUACCGGAUCAAACAUGUUUUCAGGCCUAGGCCAGCCACAAACUAGCGCAGCUGGUGGUGGUAUUUUUGGGGGAGCUUCUACCACAACAACUACGCAACCACAGUCAUCUAGCUUGUUCGGUGGGCCCACGGCAGCUGGUGCCGGCACUGGCACUGGCACCGGCACUGGCACGGCCCAAACAGGGACGGGGGGCAUGUUCAGUGGUGGACUAGGAGCCUCUACGGCACAGACUCAGCAAAAGCCUGCAUUGGGUCUGGGUGGUUUCGGCAAUACAGCUACCUGUGGUGGUGUUUUCGGCAACACCCAACCGCAAUCCCAACCCCAAAAGCCAAGCCUUGGACUAUUUGCCAAUGCCACCAACACACAGCAACCGCUUCAGCAAAGUACAGCCACAGGAAAUGUCGUUCCAGGCGUGAAGGUCGACCUUACCAACCUCCUCCCGACCACCAAAUACGAAAGCUGUGCUGAUGAACUUCGCCGCGAGAUUGAGAAUAUCGACAAUGCCAUUCUCGAGCAAAUUCGGAUGUGCAACGAGGUUGCCGAUAUAUUACCAACUAUUCAGCAGCAGGCAACAACUAUUCCGAACGAUGUGGAAUUUGUGCAAGCCAAGCUGGACACCAUCCAGCAUGCCCUUGAGAAUGAUGCCAGCGAUAUUGAUCAGCUCCGAGGACUCGUCGCCCGUGAUGCGGCCGAAGCCCAAGUUGCCUUCCGUGCUAUUGAUACCUUGAAGCUGCCUAUGCAAUAUCAAUCCGCAGGGGGUGGUGGCUGGUGGUCAGUGCAUGAUCAAAAGGUGCAAGAUCGCGGUUCACUUCGAUCAACUCGGAAGAAUACCCUUGCACUGCCCGAUGACGUUGAAGUUGACCCAUCCACCGCCAAUAGUGUGAAUGGUGUGCCAGUCAAUCUGGUAGAUUACUUUUCUCAGCGCUCGGACGAAAUGGGUGCCGUUCUCGGCCGCUACAAGGGCAACCUGAAGGAAAUCGAGGAUCACCUUCAUGGAGUGGAAUUAAACUUGAACCGUCAGAUUCACGACUUUGUCAGCUCCAGAUCUCGCGAUGGACUGGGCUCGGGAACUCCCAAUUCCGCGGUGAAUGAUCUCGCGGCUGUCCUGGGUGAUGUUGAAGCUGGAAUCAUGGGUGUGGCUACUCGACUAGGUGGUGUUACCGAGCAAGUUCAGGAGGUGAGCCUCGGGCCACUCGGUCUAGGUGAUGGUCGAAUUUGA